AUGUCGCGUCCUAGCAGUUCUGUUAUUCCUUCUGGAACUAUCUGGCGGCCGAUAACUGCAACUUUCUUCUUCCCAGUGGGACCUGGAACAGGUUUUCUCUACUUGGUGAAUUUGUAUUUCUUGUAUCAAUAUUCAUCACGAUUAGAAACAGGGGCUUUUGAUGGAAGGCCAGCAGAUUACAUGUUCAUGCUUCUGUUUAAUUGGAUCUGCAUUGUUAUAACUGGCUUGGCGAUGGACAUGCAGUUGCUGAUGAUUCCACUCAUCAUGUCGGUACUUUAUGUGUGGGCCCAGCUGAACAAAGACAUGAUUGUAUCGUUUUGGUUUGGAACAAGAUUUAAGGCCUGUUACCUUCCAUGGGUUAUUCUGGGAUUCAACUACAUCAUUGGUGGAUCAGUCAUCAAUGAGCUGAUAGGAAAUCUCGUUGGACACCUCUAUUUCUUCUUAAUGUUUAAAUAUCCAAUGGAUUUGGGAGGAAGGAAUUUUCUGUCCACACCUCAGUUCCUGUACCGCUGGCUGCCAAAUAGGAGAGGAGGAGUGUCGGGGUUUGGUGUUCCACCUGCUAGCAUGAGAAGAGCUGCAGAAGAUCAGCAGGGUGGUGGUGGAAGACACAACUGGGGCCAAGGUUUUCGACUAGGUGACCAGUGAAGAACUCCUGCCCUUGGAAAACAGCAACUCUUUGGUUUUCGUUGGAUGUAGGACCGACACUUCCUGGUGCAGAGCACACUUAAGAACUGAGCUCUCUGUAGUGCUGUUCGAUUUAACUGAUUAGAAAGAAUGUUUCUGGUUCAAGAGAAAAUUAAAAACUCCAGAAGGGAAAAAUGUAGAUCUUGCUCCAGGUUAGCCAGUAGUGUCCAAUUUGAUUCUGCCAUUAAAAAAAGCCUUCUUUUAUACAGUAUUGUCUGUCUGUCACAACAGGCAUCCAUUACGCCGUCUUGUUCUGUGAUGUGAUAGAACAAGCUAAUGGUGUUCUGUCUUGCCUGGUACGUUAAAAGCUUUGUUGACUGUGGUAAGGUAAGAAUCCAGUGUGAGGCAGAUGGAUCAAACUAACCCCAAAGUUUAGGAAGCUGACUUUUUCCAUAGGUGUGCUUAAGUCCCAGGGUCUUUGGAAACAUUAUUUAAGUGAUAUCUCUCUGCUGCAUUCAUAAAGUGAAGUGCAAAUGUUUCAUUUCCCUUAUUAAGCUGUAUUUU